AUGGAAACCUAAAUUUUGAGAUAAUUUUUAAGUUCAAAUGAGACUUACUCAAAAACAGAAGAAAUCAAACUCAAAAUCUUGUAUUCUGAUAUUUAAUUUAUAAAAUAGGUUUAACUUUCUAUAGUAACAAUUAUCAAAGAUCCAUUUGAAAGUCCGAACACAAAGCUGAUGGCUCUCAAACUUAAUAAAGAGCUUGUAGAAACUUUCAAUAGCAGUUACAUUUACACACUCCAAAAAACAUUAUUGCCUCUACUCGAAGAAAUAGCUAAAUAUAAAUACACUUCAGAUGAUCCAGAUCGAGGAGUCACCUAUUUUUUAAAUGGGGAAAAUCCUAACUCAGAUAAUAGAGAUUUACAAAAUACUGGAGAAUAAUUUGUUCGAGUGGUACUGGAAUGUAUAAGAGUUUGGAGUAGAUGGUUUCCUCUAGACUAUCAAUCGUACUACUUAAGUUCUUUUAAGAUAACCUAUGAAAAGUUAGUAAAGUUGGGGGUUAAAUUUCCUAAGAUCAUUUAUUUUGAUAGCAUAGAAUAAAAUAUACCUCAUCAAUUAAUACCUUUAUCCAUGAUUAUUUAACUAAGAGAACUACUCAAAAACUAACUUAAUCUUUCAACUAAAUAAAUUAGAAACUAUCUAGCCAUGAAUCCUGCUCACUUUUUUUAUUAACACAAAUAUCAUACUUUUGGAGAUUUUUUUCAUUAAAUUAAAAACAAAAAUCCCAUCUAAAGGAAAAAGGUCCUUAGAAAGGCUACUUUCCUAUUGGAAAAAGAAUUUGAAAAUCUAGAGACUUUGAAAAAGGAUUCCUCAUAUAAUCCUAUCUCUUAAGAGACUCUGCAGAUUGAAAAUCUUUGUUUGCAGAAUUUAUAUAAUGCUUUUUCAAUUAAAGUGCCAGAUCUAUAAGCUCAAGUGAUUUAAUUAUAGAAUAAAGUGGCUAGUUUAGAAAAAUAACUCUUAGAUAGAGAAUAAAAAAUAAAUUAACUUUAAAAUGAAUUAUAAAAAUUGUAAAAACAGUUUUCCACCAACAUUAAUUAAUUUCUAACUUCCAACAAUUUAACAAACAGCGAAUUAUUUGAAACAGAUGUAACAAAAUUAAAAUUACAUUAUGGAAUUUAUGAUCAAAGUUAUGAAAUAGAGAAGUUAAAGACACACCUAUAUAAGUCUGAAUUUAAAAUAGAAGAAUUAACUGAAGAAUUAGAUCAAACUAUCAGAAAGAAGAAUUAGCUAUUUGAUGAAAACAAAGCUCUAAGCUAAACAGUAUUAGUUUUAGAAAGAAGACUUUUAUAGAAUAAUAAGCAACCUUUAAAAUCCUUAUCAACUCAACAAUGUCUAAGUGAAUAUCGGCAAAAUACCAUGACUAAUAUAAGCUAACCAAGUACAAUUGUGUAAAAAAAAUAAAAAAGCUCAGAAUUUUAAAACUCCUUAUUUUUAUCUUUAAGACAACAAAUUCUAGGAUAAUAAUUGUAUAUUAAGACAUUAUAAAGCCAAUUAAUUAAGUUUGAUAAAUUUUUAUUGCAAUCUGGUCACACUAAUUCUAUACUCUCUUAUCAUACUGCAUCUACCUAAUACAAAGUCCCUAUGUUCUCUCCAUUAUCUGUUUCUUAACCUAAAUCAAGAGGAUCAAAGGAAAUAGCUUCUCCCUUUGUAGAUUAUGAUGGCAAGAUAUUUGCCAUAAUUCCUGAUGCCUUUACUGUCAAAUUUAGGUAAUCAUGUUUGCUUAAAAAAACAAUUUUGCACUCUGAUGAAAAUCUUUAAAUUGGAUUGCAAACCAGUUUAUAAUCCAAUAAUUAGCUAUUAAUUAAUUUAGUCUUUCACAACAGAACCUAAGAGUUGUUACACAAUUUAUGUGUUUCCUAUUAGAAAUCUUAGAAUCUAUCCUAUUAGAUUUAUCCUCUUAAUAUUCAAUAAUCCAUGAAAGGAAAUGAUUAAGUAUCCUAAAAAAUAUUUAUUUCGUUUGAAUAACUUCCUUAUUAAUUGUUAGAAUUUUCAAUAAAGUAUACGAAAUAACAAUAAGAGCAUAACCUCAAGGCUUGUCUUCCAUGUACAAUCAAUAAGUUUUUCACAUUUUUAGAUGUUCCAUAAGAGACUCCAAAAUCUUAUUUUUAUAAUAGUAAAAUCUUUCAAACAAGCUUUUAAAAUCAAAUUGGGUAAUUGCUUCCUGAAUUUUAAAUUAAUUAAGUUAACGAAUAAUUUGUUGAAGCUUUAGCAAGGAUUCAAAUCGAAAAAUCUGUAUUUUUAAUUUCAAUCUCCUCUAAGAAUAAUCAGAUGUAAAUUAAGUUGAAUGGAAAUUAUUAAGAUAAGUUAGUGGAAUGCAUAGUGUCAACCUAUUAAGGGUUAUUUAUGAAACGAUGA